UAAGCUUCUCCUACCUCCCACCCCUCUCCAUCUCCAUCUCCAUUUCCAUCUGCGAGGAAUCUCACCGCGGCAGGCAGGUGCAGCAGCCAGGGGAACUAUGGCGGGGCAGCAGCCGAGGCUCGUGUUCCGGUUCACCCACGCCGAGGUCGCCAAGAUGGAGGAGGUCCUCCGUGACCUCGACGGCAUGCCCAAGCGUCCUGUCAUCCAGGGCCUCAUCGAUCACUUCAACGCCUCCCCGGACCGCACCGGCGACGGCAGGGUCCCCGUUCAGUACAAUCAGGUGAGGAAUUGGUUCCAUAACCGGAGGUCCGCGCAGUCGCAGCGGUCCAGGAAGAUGAUGCUGCCCCCAGUGGCCGAGGGACACCACCCAGUGGCCGGAUCCUACUCAGGGAAUAUUUCUUCGGAUGGUGGACAUGUCCAGUUUGAAGCAAAGUCGGCUAGAAAUGGAGCAUGGUACGAUGUUGCUGCCUUUAUGGACCACAGGUUCAUUGAAACGAGGGACCCGGAAGUACUAGUUCGAUUUACUUGGCUUGGACCUGAGGAGGAUGAAUGGAUUGAUGUUUGUAAAGGUGUGAGACUGCGUUCUCUUCAAUGUGUCGCUGUGCUGCCUGGGGAUCUCAUUCUUUGUUUUAAGGAAGGCAAAGAGAAGGCCCGCUAUGUUGAUGCACAUGUUCUUCAAGUUCAAAGGCGCAGGCAUGACGUAAGGGGGUGCCGCUGCAGGUUUCUUGUUUGUUAUGAUCAUGAUCACUCUGAGGAGUUUGUUCCACUGAGCAAGGUAUGCCGUCGACCAAUGCACCAGACAGCCCAAAAGCCACCCAAGAUGAUGAGUGUCAACACUGACAAUGGGGUUGCUCCCUUACUAGACGCACCUACUAGCACCCGCAGCUAUUCAAUGGCAGAUGUUGAGAUGGGGGAUGCGGAGGCUGCCCCAAACAGUGAAGCUACAAAUGAAGCACAUGACGACAAGAUGAAUCUGGGAGUGUAGUUCUUUCGCUUCCCUGUGCAUUUUGUUGUGAACUUUUUAAUCGAAUAAUGUUCGCCUAAGAACUUCCAAUCGAGGAAGGAUGGUUGCUGUUGACUGUAUUGCUUGUGUGGUGCACAAAGUGUCGGAUUGGGUAUCUAUAUCUAUAUAGCUAUGUCGUCAGAGAAGAUAUUGUCUUGUGGUGGUAUUGUCUUUUGGGGUUAGGGUUCAGGGUUAUCCUUCAGUACACCCCCUUAAUAGAAAAUAUUGGCAGUUUUGUCAUUUCCUGUAA